AUGCCUUGGAUGCCGCAGACCAACGCGUCCGAGGUCUCUUCUCGCCCUCCAUUGACAUCGCAACAGUCGAAUUCCCUCCCCUCGACCCCAUACCAACAUGCGCGCAAACUUUCCCUGAACUCACGGUCACCGUCCCCCGUCCGUGGCAGCACAUCCCCUCGCUCGACGUAUUCGGAAUCGACGCAUAUCCCUCCCUCGGCGCGAAAGCCUCUAGGGGGCUGCAAAUAUGAAACCGCCAUGGCCUACUGCCGAAGACGAAUACCGUACAGCCUCGGGGCGGAUCUCCUGCCCGAGGAGAAAGAGGGUCUGAAGGAGCGUCUGGAACCCGACGAGGAGCGCAGAUUGACCGCUGAUAUCAUGGACCUCUAUGACGAGCUGCUGCCUUCCGCCGAAAGCGAUGAUCGACGGCGGCAGCUCGUCGCCAAGGUGGAGAAAUUGUUCAAUGAGCAAUGGCCCGGACACGAGAUCAAGGCCAACGUCUUCGGUUCCUCGGGGAACAAACUUUGUUCAAGUGACUCGGAUGUGGACAUUUGCAUUACGACGGAUUACAAGGACCUGGAACACGUGUGUCUGCUGGCGGAGGUACUAGCUAAGCGUAAGGAUGACCGCGCCCCAUUUGUUUUUGAGCGCAUACACAAGUAUGGGAUGGAACGGGUGGUCUGCGUGUCCCAUGCUAAAGUCCCCAUCGUGAAGAUCUGGGAUCCAGAACUCAAACUGGCCUGCGACAUGAAUGUCAACAACACCCUGGCCCUAGAGAAUACCCGUAUGAUUCGAACCUAUGUCGACGUGGAUGAGCGCGUUCGGCCAUUGGCGAUGUCGGUCAAACAUUGGACGAAACGGAGGAUUUUGAACGAUGCGGCGCUGGGUGGCACCCUCAGCUCUUACACCUGGAUCUGUCUGAUUAUCAACUUUUUGCAAACCAGGAAUCCACCGGUCUUGCCCAGUCUCCAAGCACGUCCGCAUGAGAAGCGGGCGACACCGGACGGCUUGGUGUAUUCGUUUGACGAUGAUCUAGAUACGCUUCGCCAGUUCGGCCAGAAGAACAAGGAAACUGUGGGUGAGCUCUUUUUCGGCUUCUUCCGCUACUACGGACACGAAAUCAAUUACGAAGAAAACGUCAUAUCAGUGCGCGAGGGGAAAUUGGUGUCGAAGGAAGCCAAGGGCUGGCAUCUGUCGGUGAACAAUCGAUUGUGUGUCGAGGAGCCUUUCAACACGUCAAGAAAUCUGGGCAAUACGGCAGACGACACUUCCUUCCGAGGGUUACACAUGGAGUUACGGAGAGCCUUCAAGUUUGCGUCAGACGCCGAUCUGGCAGGAUGCUGUGCUCAAUUCGAGUUCCCACCCGAGGAGGAACGAACGUGGGAGCGACCUCCUCCCCAACCGAGGCCUGUCAUUACCGCUGCGUAUGCCCCGAAAGGAGGCCGCGGGACCGGUGGCAGGGGUGGACGAUAUGGAAACAACCAAUACUCGCGGACGGCAUUCAGUAAUGGUGGUCGCCGCACGUCCAACACUGGGAACAAGAAUGCUUUCCGACAACCCAAUCCAGUAGGCACUUCAGAUCUUUCCUUCCAGGCUCAACAACAAGCCCAAUUCUUGCUACAUGACCAGCUGUACCAACAAAUUCAACUUCUUCAGGCCCAGGAGCAAGAGUUGCGCAUGCAGCUCCACAACCAGGCGCUCAUUACUGGAAGGCCGCCUCCGGUGUUUCUCCGCCAGCCUUUCAUUCAGUUUCCCAUGCCGCAGCAACAGGAUUUCCUUGGGGGCGAUGAGACCGCCCGAUCAAGAUCCGGAACCGUGAGUCAGCCUCCUCUUGGAUCGUCGCCCAGUCACCAGCAAAACCACUACACAAGCCCGACGUACGCCUCGAUCAGUGCCGCCGCCACCCAGGGAACCACCACCAACCCCUCGUCGCCAUGUGCAUCCAACGGUCAUCCGGAUCUUCGCCGUGAUCCUCGGCGCCCUUCACUUGUCAACGAAUCGCCAAAGGCAAAUUUGCGGACACAAUCCCAGCCUGCCCGGCCUCAAAUUUCCCCCACGCUCCCAGCGGUUCCGUCGCUGUAUUCACUUCCGCAGGCCCUCGACACGCAGUUCUUGUCGAGACAGCCGCCAAUUUCCGAGCCGUCGGAAAUGGACGAGGUCGGCGGGGAUGAGAAUGUGAUGCCGUCUGGCAGCCUUCCCAGCAACGCCUCUCAUCAACACGAGGCCAUGGACGACAGCCGAGUAUCGGAGAUGAUAGGGUACUACUACACGCCACAGCAGCUGCAGCUUUAUCAACAGAAUGCACUAUUAUCGCCUUUGGCUACCACGCCUAUGGGAUUCGCCCUACCGAACGGCUACGCAUCGUAUAUGCCCGUGCAGCCAGAGUAUAGGUCUGGGUCAUUCUCGUCAGAAGGGGUCAACCCUCGAUCUGAACAAAUGUCACCUCCUGCCCAGCCUUUCACCAUACCGGGACAACGACGCUCCCCCUCGCGACCUGCACCGGCAAUGGAUCGUGGACCGCUGAUUGUAGACGGCUCGGUGCCUCCCAGUGAGUCUCGCCAGCGAUAUGAGAUGGAUUAUGUCGAUCCAUAUGCGACCGCCACCCAUUACACCUCCACGUCCGACGAGCACAAUAUGAACACUCCAGCCAGUGCAUCCGAUUCUCUGUCGCAAGACUUCCACGAUGCGAUCUCGUAUGACGCCGAGCAACAACAGGUUUAUUCUCAAGCGCCGCUUCAGCCACUAAAGACCUUCUGUGUCAAUGGCGUAGCUGACGCUCCCACCAAUAACCCUGCUGAGCAGCCUGAACUCCUCGCCAGCCGAUUGCAGAAUCUGCACCUGUCCAACAGUGAAAAACUUGCCGAGUCCCCCGCAACACCCAAGACAACAAGCGAUCGACAGAAGAACGGAUCCAUGCACACGGGCUUGGGAAAGGACACCGCCGCCACAAAGAACUCUGCAAAUGAGAAGCCCUCGUCUUCCGGAACACCUCCGAACAAUGAGGCACGUCCACAGACGUCAAACACAAAGCGUGGUCGAUUAAAUGGGGUGAAUGCAAAUGACAAGUCCAAUGGAGUCUCUCACGGCAACGGUCACGGGCAUGGAAAUGGUCAUGCAAAUGGUCAUUCGUCAGCCCAAGGUACCAAGUCGAAGGCCAAGGGCCGUCAAGAUGCUGCAAACCCUACGCCCAAUAAUGCCGGUGACGGCAAAGAUCGACACGCAGAUCACGGGCCUCGAAAGACUGGCAACCAUGCAAAUGCCACUAACGAGGCCAAUCAUAGCGGAUGGCAGACCACCGGCAAGAAGAAGCACCGUAAGAGCGGCAAGUCAACUGCCGCUGACUCUCGGUCUAGUGCGCACGGUGGCCGAGAACCUUUGCCCGAUGAUGUGUCUCUGCGGAAAGGCGGCUGA